AUGAAGCAGCACGAAACGACGCCGUUCGGGUCCGAUAACCCGUUUUCCGGUGGUGGGAGCACGAGUAGACCGAGGUAUAGGCACAGCCUCUCCGUGGAUGGUGGGUCUUCGAGUUUGGAGUCGAUAGAGGCUAAGAAAGCUAUGGCUCCUGAUAAACUCGCUGAGCUUUGGGUCGUUGAUCCCAAGAGAGCUAAAAGGAUAAUUGCUAAUCGACAAUCUGCUGCUCGUUCAAAAGAGAGGAAGGCUCGUUAUAUUAUGGAGCUUGAGAGGAAGGUCCAGACUUUGCAAACUGAAGCUACUACCCUCUCAGCACAACUCUCCUUGUUCCAGAGAGACACAACUGGUUUGUCAUCUGAGAAUACAGAGCUCAAGCUUCGUUUACAAGUCAUGGAACAACAAGCCAAGUUGCGAGAUGCACUAAACGAGCAACUGAAAAAGGAAGUAGAGAGGCUGAAGUUCGCCACGGGAGAAGUCUCACACGCUGAUGCUUAUAACCUCGGGAUGGCACACAUGCAAUACUCUCAACAGCAACAGCAACAGCAACCACAACAACAACAAUCAUUCUUUCAACAUCAUCAUCAUCAGCAACAACAAACCGAUGCUCAAAACCUUCAACAGAUGACUCAUCAGUUUCAUCUCUUCCAGCCCAAUAAUAACAAUAACCAAAACCCAAACGUUACUUCUUCAGCCUCUCGCCAAAACCCUCAGCUUAUGCAUCAAACUACUUCUAAUGCCUCGGGUCAGUCUCAUUCCUUUGCAGAGGCAAUGAAUGAAGAUCCUCUUGGCCGGUUACAGGGGCUUGACAUUAGCAGCUGUGGCAGAGGCUCGAACUUUGGUAGGUCUGACACCGUCAGUGAAAGCAGUAGCACCAUGUGAAGCUCUGUCUUUUUCAUGUUUCGCUUUGUCGAUAAUCCUAUUCUUUUGACAUCUUUGUGGCCGUCUGAUUCAUUUUUUUAUUCUGUAAAACUCUUAUUUUCUUUGUGAGGGGGUUUCAACAUAGAGACCACAGGUGUUUUAACUUUUUUUUUGGUUCAUAUUGUUCUUCCUUGGGAUCUAUCAAAGUCGAACUAGAU